GGUCUUCUCUGAAGAGGGUUCAAAUUGAGGAGCUCGCAGGACCCCUCGACACAUUCAGCUCUCAGGCUGACAGCAGCUGGAAGGAUGGCGCGCUUGUAUCUUCUCUGCUGCCUGGUCGCUCUCUUUUCAUCUGCACUGUCAGAUACAGCAUUUUCUGAGACGGGUGCAACAGGAAGAGGACCUCGGCCCGUUGAAGCCGGUCAACAAGGAGAGUGUAAAAGUCAGAAAGAAUGGCCCUUUUGCUCGGAUGAGGACUGGGGUCCCAAAUGUCCUUCUGGUUGUAGAAUAGAAGGGUUGAUGAAUGAAGCAGACAGAGACCUGCAAAAAAAAAUUGACAACAUCCGGAAAAUUUUGGAGGACAACCGGAACAGAUACAAAAACACCAGGCAGACAACAGAGAAUGUUUAUGGGCUGAUAAGAGAGAAACUUAUCUUAGACACAGGAAAUGAUGACAAGUAUGGUAAACUGGCCGAUGAUCUACGUCGGAGAAUCGUUGAUCUGAGGGUGAAAAUCCUCAACAACCUCGAAAGGCUGGCAACUUUGAAGAACAGCAUCAGGCAGCAGGUUAAUGAAAUGAACGCACUGGAGGUUGACAUUGACAUCAAGAUCCGUGCUUGCAAGGGGUCCUGUGCAAAUGCUGCUUCCUAUAAUGUAGAUAGGGAAAGUUAUGUGAACCUGGACAAACAACUGACUCAGCUAGACACCCUCAUUGUUCAGAGAACAGAGAGCUCAAGCGGCAUGCGGACAUUAAAAAUGAGGCGUGUUGAUAAGGAGGUGACUGUGCCUGAACAUUACAAAUUAAGACUAUCAAAAGAUGAAGAAGGAAGUGACAUAAAGGACAUUGUGCAAUACCAGAUGUCCUUAGAACGACUGGAGUCUGAUACAAAGCUAGGAUCUACUGAUAAGUUCUCCGGCCCAGGGCUCUCAGGUACAGGCAUGGAGGUGUCAGGUAGUGGCAAAGUUGAUACCAAAGAAACUCUUUUAACUGAUGGUUCAUCCCAAGGUUCAAGUUCAACUACCCACACACAGACAAUUACAUGCAAAAAAACAAUUAGAAGGAAAAUUACCAUGACAGAUCAAGGCCCAGUUGAAACCAUAGAGGUUGUGGGAGAAGGUACCACUGACCCACAAUGUGCCAAACUGCAAACCGAUGACUCCUUGUUUUCCUCCAAAACAGAAGGCAUCGGCAGCAGUGGUAGCACUACUAUAAGAGUUUCUGGCAGUGCAGGCGGCCUUGAAGGAAUGACAGAGAUGUUCCCCGAUUUGACCACAUUUUUAUCUAAACAGUCAGGGGGUGGCAGUAUAACUGUCAAAAAAGAAGUUACCAGUGGUGGAAGUGUUUCAUCUGGCAGUAGAGGACAAGUUGAUCCACCCAAAUUCACAGUUGUGCAGACUGGCAGAGGGGAUGGUGACUUUAUAAAUCUUGGGGACACAGACGACUUUAGUGAAUUCACCCCAGGAGUUUUUCCUGGAGCAGCUCAGGCUCAAGCUGGAGGAGGAGGAGGAUCAUCUUCAUAUUAUACUAAAACGGUAGUUAGUAGUGGAUCCAGUAAGGGAGAUUAUAAGUCAAGGACGGCCCUUUUCAGUGAAGAUUUUCAACACGAUGAAGAUGAAGAUGAUAUGCCAGACAUAAAAGCCCGCAGUUUGAAGAAGGACCCUGUGAAACUGAUGGAUGGCUAUGUGGGCACAGACUGUGAAGAUAUCCAGAAGAAACACUCAUCGGGUCAGAAAAGCGGCCUUUUCAAGAUUAAACCAGAAGGCACAGAAGAGGUGGUGACUGUCUAUUGCGACCAAGAUACCGUAUUGGGAGGGUGGCUCCUGGUUCAGCAGAGGAUGGACGGCUCAGUGGAGUUUAACAGAACCUGGGAAGAGUACAAGCAAGGGUUUGGCAGCGUGGAUCAGAAAGGAGAUGGGGAGGUUUGGCUGGGAAAUAAAUACCUCCACCUUCUAACCCAGAAAGAGAGCAUUUUGAGGAUUGAGCUGGAGGACUGGUCUGGAAAUGAUGCUUACGCAGAGUACCUGGUGCACGUAGGUCCCGAAUCAGAUGGCUACAGCCUGAAAGUGUCAAAGUAUGAAGGCGAUGCCGGUGAUGCGCUGAUCCAAGGGCAGCCAGACUACAGGCAGUUCACGUCUCACAUGGGCAUGAAAUUUAGCACCUAUGACAGGGACAAUGACAAAUGGGAAGAGAGCUGCGCAGCGAUGUACGGAGGAGGCUGGUGGUACAAUAACUGCCAAGCGGCCAAUCUGAACGGCGUCUACUAUCAGGGAGGCCACUAUGACGUUGGGAACAAUGCUCCAAAUGAGAUCGAGAAUGGAGUUGUCUGGUUACCCUUUAAACCCGCCGACUACUCACUUAAAGUGGUCAAAAUGAAGAUUAGACCAGUAGACACCCAGUAGGGAUCAGAAUAAAGGAUAGAGUACAGUCAGAGAAAUGGCACUGGGAGCAAGUCAUGUAAUGUGAUGCCACUUGAGGUCAUUAAAGCUUCUUUAAGAUGCA